GGCAGCAAGUUUCUCUUUUUCUUUGUUCUUUUGCUCAGCACUAGAGCCUUGAAGAAGGGAAAAAAGAAGUAUGGACUAAUGGAAUAAACAUAAAAAAGAGAAAAAAAAGAAGAAGAAAAUUCUUCAGACAACAAAAACAGCUGUUUUCCCUUCACUACUUUUUUUUCCCCUAUCUCUAUAUAAUUGCAAGAAUAGAAUAAAGUUUGCAACUUGAUUAAAAAAUAGGAAUAAUAAGGUGUGGGGGUAGGGAGGAAGUUAGUUCAUUAGUUCAGUGCCUUGUAAAGGCACAAUCUUGAUUUGUUGACAAAUAUGGGUUCUUGGAUGGCAAUGUUGCUGAUGUUGUUAUUGUGUUUAUGGGUUUCUUGUGGAAUUGCUUCUAUUUCAUAUGACCAUAAAGCUAUCAUUGUAAAUGGACAAAGAAAAAUUCUCAUUUCUGGAUCCAUUCACUACCCUAGAAGCACCCCUGAGAUGUGGCCAGAUCUUAUUCAGAAGGCAAAAGAAGGGGGAGUUGAUGUUAUACAGACUUAUGUUUUCUGGAAUGGGCAUGAGCCUGAAGAAGGGAAAUAUUAUUUUGAAGAGAGGUAUGAUUUAGUGAAGUUCAUUAAAGUGGUGCAAGAAGCAGGACUUUAUGUGCAUCUUAGGAUUGGACCUUAUGCAUGUGCUGAAUGGAAUUUUGGGGGUUUUCCUGUUUGGCUGAAGUAUGUUCCAGGCAUUAGUUUCAGAACAAACAAUGAGCCAUUCAAGGCUGCAAUGCAAAAGUUCACUACUAAGAUUGUUGAUAUGAUGAAAGCAGAAAAGCUCUAUGAAACUCAGGGUGGUCCAAUUAUUCUAUCUCAGAUAGAAAAUGAAUAUGGACCUAUGGAGUGGGAACUAGGUGAACCUGGUAAACUUUACUCAGAAUGGGCAGCCAAAAUGGCUGUGGAUCUUGGCACUGGUGUCCCAUGGAUCAUGUGCAAGCAAGAUGAUGUCCCUGAUCCUAUUAUUAAUACUUGCAAUGGUUUCUACUGUGACUACUUCACACCAAAUAAGGCUAAUAAACCCAAGAUGUGGACUGAAGCCUGGACAGCCUGGUUUACCGAAUUUGGAGGUCCAGUUCCUUACCGUCCUGCAGAGGAUAUGGCAUUUGCUGUCGCAAGAUUUAUACAAACGGGAGGCUCCUUCAUCAAUUACUAUAUGUAUCAUGGAGGAACAAACUUUGGAAGGACUUCUGGUGGCCCAUUUAUUGCUACUAGUUAUGAUUAUGAUGCACCCCUAGAUGAAUUUGGGUCAUUACGGCAGCCUAAAUGGGGUCAUCUGAAAGAUCUACAUAGAGCAAUAAAGCUCUGUGAGCCAGCUUUAGUAUCUGCAGAUCCAACUGUGACAUCCUUAGGAAACUAUCAAGAGGCACGUGUUUUUAAGUCGGAGUCUGGGGCCUGUGCUGCCUUCCUAGCAAAUUACAACCAGCACUCUUUUGCUAAAGUGGCAUUUGGGAACAUGCAUUAUAACUUGCCACCCUGGUCUAUCAGCAUUCUUCCCGACUGCAAGAACACUGUCUAUAAUACUGCAAGGGUUGGUGCUCAAAGUGCUCAGAUGAAGAUGACUCCAGUCAGUAGAGGAUUCUCAUGGGAGUCAUUCAAUGAAGACGCAGCAUCGCAUGAAGACGAUACUUUCACAGUUGUUGGGUUAUUGGAGCAGAUAAAUAUCACAAGAGAUGUAUCUGAUUACUUGUGGUAUAUGACUGACAUUGAGAUUGAUCCAACAGAAGGAUUUUUGAAUAGUGGAAAUUGGCCUUGGCUUACUGUCUUCUCUGCUGGCCAUGCAUUGCAUGUAUUCGUGAAUGGUCAAUUAGCAGGAACUGUGUACGGAAGUUUAGAGAACCCAAAACUAACUUUCAGCAACGGUAUAAAUCUGAGAGCUGGUGUGAACAAGAUUUCUCUGCUAAGCAUUGCUGUUGGUCUUCCGAACGUUGGCCCUCAUUUUGAGACAUGGAAUGCUGGUGUUCUUGGACCAGUUUCACUUAAUGGACUUAAUGAGGGAACAAGAGAUUUAACAUGGCAGAAAUGGUUCUACAAGGUUGGUCUAAAAGGAGAAGCCCUGAGUCUUCAUUCACUCAGUGGUAGCCCAUCCGUGGAGUGGGUGGAAGGCUCUUUAGUGGCUCAGAAGCAGCCACUCAGUUGGUAUAAGCAACAUGGAUCAUAUCAAGAAUUCAAAUUUCUUUGCCUUCAGAAGACCCGAGGAGAAGCCUACUUAAUCCCUUUGCUGUGUUUACAGACUACAUUCAAUGCUCCAGAUGGAAAUGAACCUUUGGCUUUAGAUAUGAAUACCAUGGGCAAAGGUCAAGUAUGGAUAAAUGGUCAGAGCCUCGGACGCCACUGGCCUGCAUAUAAAUCAUCUGGAAGUUGUAGUGUCUGUAACUAUACUGGCUGGUUUGAUGAGAAAAAGUGCCUAACUAACUGUGGUGAGGGCUCACAAAGAUGGUACCACGUACCCCGGUCUUGGCUGUAUCCUACUGGAAAUUUGUUAGUUGUAUUCGAGGAAUGGGGAGGAGAUCCUUAUGGAAUCACUUUAGUCAAAAGAGAAAUAGGGAGUGUUUGUGCUGAUAUAUAUGAGUGGCAACCACAGUUAUUGAAUUGGCAGAGGCUAGUAUCUGGUAAGUUUGACAGACCUCUCAGACCUAAAGCCCAUCUUAAGUGUGCACCUGGUCAGAAGAUUUCUUCAAUCAAAUUUGCAAGCUUUGGAACACCAGAGGGAGUUUGUGGGAACUUCCAGCAGGGAAGCUGCCAUGCUCCGCGCUCAUAUGAUGCUUUCAAAAAGAAUUGUGUUGGGAAAGAGUCUUGCUCAGUACAGGUAACACCAGAGAAUUUUGGAGGUGAUCCAUGUCGAAACGUUCUAAAGAAACUCUCAGUGGAAGCCAUUUGUAGUUGAUGAUCCUGAGUAUACAAGUGAAAAAAUACUUAAACCACUCAUAUAAACAUUUUUCGAACAAGCUACUAGACAUCCAUUAACCCACACUACCAUUUUUUGGCUUUGCUGGGGUUGAAGUUGUACAGUUAAGCAACACACCUCUUUGAUCAAAGCUCACCUGAUUAUGAAGAUGAUUGACGAAAGAUUCUGUACAUGUGAGGUUUCGUCUAAUUACACAUCCAGAUAUGAUUCUUGAUGAAUCGAUGUGCAAAUUUUGUUUGUGUUAGGGUGAGAGAGACUUGAAAAGCAUUUUGCUUUCAUGAUGUUCAACAUUAUACAAUCAUAAUGUAUGUAAGUAAGCAAUAAUUCAUUGCUUUGCACAUUGAGAAAUGCUUUUUACUAUGUUGCAGUACCAUCAAGCUCUUUCAAUUA